CUUUCCCCGCCGCACCCGUUCCUCCCCGGGCAGCCGAGGGACCCAUGGCUGUGGCGGCCCUUCUGGGAUGGCAAAGGGGAGAAUCCCGCGCGUUCGGCCGGGCGGUGAAGCUCCUGCAGCGCCUGGAAGAGCAAUGCCGGGACCUCCGGCUCUCCUCCAGCCCCCCCUCGCUGCGGGACCUGCUGCCCCGCACCGCGGAGCUGCUGCGCGAGGUGGCGCAGGCACAGCGGGCGGCCGGCGGGGGCGGCCCCGAGGGCCCCGGUGGUGCGGUGGACUUUCUCGCGGUCUAUCUUGCUAACCUGGAGGCCAAGGGCCGGCAGGUGGUGGCACUGCUGCCACCCCGGGGCCGAAAGACUGCCGCCGACGAGCUCUUCCGGGAGGGCUCCAGACUCAGGCGACAGCUGGCCAAGCUGGCCCUCAUCUUCAGCCAUAUGCAUGAGGAGCUGAGCGCGCUCUUCCCCGGAGGAAAGUACUGUGGAAACACGUACCAGCUCACCAAGAUCCCAGCCCACACUUUCUGGAGGAAGCACUGCGGAGCCCGGUGUGUGCUGCCCUGGGCUGAGUUUGAGGCACUCCUGUGUAUCUGCCACCCCGUGGAGCCAGGCUCCACCGCUCUGGCCUUGCGCUCCACCAUCGACCUCACCUGCAGCGGUCACGUGUCCAUCUUCGAGUUUGACGUCUUCACCAGACUCUUUCAGCCAUGGCCAACACUCCUCAAGAACUGGCAGCUGCUGGCGGUCAACCACCCGGGCUACAUGGCCUUCCUCACAUAUGACGAAGUCCGAGCACGUCUACAGGCCUGCAGAGACAAGCCAGGCAGCUAUAUCUUCCGGCCUAGUUGCACUCGCCUGGGACAGUGGGCCAUCGGAUAUGUGAGCUCAGAUGGCAGUAUCCUGCAGACCAUCCCUCUCAACAAACCCCUGUUCCAGGCACUCCUGGAAGGACAAAAGGAAGGCUUCUACCUCUACCCAGAUGGGAAGAACCACAACCCAGACCUGACUGAACUCUACCAGAUGGAAACCUAUCAGCGCAUCCACGUGUCAGAGGAGCAGCUGCAGCUGUACUGGGCCAUGGACUCCACGUUUGAGCUCUGCAAGAUCUGUGCCGAGAGCAACAAGGACGUGAAGAUUGAGCCGUGCGGGCACCUGCUCUGUGGCCGCUGUCUGGCUGCCUGGCAGCAAUCAGACAGCCAGACCUGCCCCUUCUGCCGCUGCGAGAUUAAGGGCCAAGAGGCUGUGAGUAUCCAUCAAUCCCAAGGAAGGCCAGAGGACACCAGUGCCGCUGCUGAGGACUCAGGGGACAGCAGUGAUGGGGAAGAUGGGGAGGAGGAGCUGGAGCAGGGGGCCACCUCAGCUCCUCCUCUGCCCCCUCGGCUGGAUCUGUUCCCCAGGAAUCCCAGCAGCAAAUGCCAGCUGAAGGUGAGGGGUCCACUGAAGCUCCGGGAUGUGAAGGUCUCCCAGCUCAAAGGCGACUCUGGCCCUCCCCAGACUUCGGGCCCCUCGUACCUUGCCAAGAAUUUGGACUGUGGCCUCAGCCCCAUGGGAAGUCACCUCCAGCCCCCAGGCCAGGGAGGGAGCUAGAGAAAACUCCUAAAGGGAGAGUCCCCUCUCCAGCUGCCCUGAGGGACACACGAAGGCCUAGAUGCCAGGACACCAAGAUGUGCUGCUCAAGGGAGCCCCAGGGGCUGAAGGGGUUUCUCAAGCGGAAAUAAACUGCCAAGCCUGGUCUGUC